ACAUAUGACACCACUGAUACCAAAUGAUCCCACCAUUUACUCUCUCCUUGUUUCAUACCACUGAGAGUGAGCGACUUCCAUUUCUCUUAUCUAAUACCCUUUCCUCCCCACAGUACUCUCCCAUGUCUGCCUUUGUGUUUGCACUGCUCAUUUUGGCCGUCACAGGCACCUCGAGUGCAACAUGGUGUAUAUGCAAAGAUGGAGUGGGGGAUGCAAUGUUGCAGAAGACAUUGGAUUAUGCAUGUGGAGCUGGAGCUGAUUGUAACCCUAUCCAUUCCAAUGGCCCCUGUUUCAACCCCAACACUGUUAGAGCUCACUGCAAUUAUGCCGUCAACAGUUAUUUCCAAAGGAAAGGCCAGGCUGUAGGCUCUUGUGAUUUUGCUGGCACUGCCAUUGUCUCUCCUUCUGACCCUAGCUUUGCAGGGUGUGCUUUCCCAUCUAGUGUCAGUGCCGCAGGCACCACGACCAACACAACUCCCUCGACCAUGAUCCCAGGCACAACCACCCCAACAAGCACAACGACACCGUACGGUUCAACAACACCAGUAGGAGUGUUGGGAGGAGCCGGCACCGGCUUAGGCCCUUCCGGAAUCGGGAUCAACACUGACUACAGUGACGGAGGUUUAAGGCUGCAUGGUUUCAUCUCCUUUGCAACUCUACUGCUUCCAAGCUUGAUUAUCACAUUCUGUGGUUGAAGAAAAACAAUGAAUGAAUUGUGGGGUACCGUUUUAAGUGUUUAACUAGUUUUUCAUUUCAUGUAAAUUAUUAAUUUGAAGAUAAUCUGUCACCAUGAAGCUUAUCCUUAUCCUUAGUUAUCUAUUAAUUGUUGGUAGCUCUUGAUUGUGUUUUUUAAGGGUUUAGACAUUAUGUUUGAAUAAAUUUG